CUUUAUGCAAUGUUGAAUAAGAUACUAACCUUUUAUAUCCACACACAAUAUCCUUCCUUUCUUUUGUACUCUCACAAUUACCUAUGAAUAAAUAAUUAAAGCAAGAUAAGAGCAAAUGCCAGUGCCCGCCUAAUCAAAAGGAGAAACAGAAAAAAAAAACAGUAAAGCUGUUACAAUACAAUAUAAGAAAUACUAUUCCUCUGAUAUACCCUAUUCUCUGGUUUUAGGUUGGUAGGCAGGACCAAAAUGAAAAGAGUUAUGUGGGGAAAAAAAGACUGAUGGUUUUCUUUUUAAUCUCAUAAUGUACUUUUACUGCCUUAAUGGGAUGAGACUGAAUUGUUUGCCAGAACAGAGUAAAAGAAACUAUUUAAUUUAAUUGUGAUUAUAGUCAGAAUAUCUACAUUCAAAUGGCACAGUUUCUUCUUGUAGUGAAAAAGAUAAGAAUAUCCAGGGUUCAAAAUAUGAAUAGAAGGUUUACUGCAAAUGUCAUUAGAAAAAGGAGUAUAUAUAACAAAAAGAGACUCAUAUGCCAAUAUGCAAGCUUUCUUUUUUGAUUUAUUUGGAAAAAAGCAAUAUAAUCAUAAUAAUAAAACAUCUUCGGAAAAAUAUUUCUUUCUUUUAACUCUCAGUAUUUCAGUUCAACAGAAGUCUAUGGCACUCUUGACCUGGUAUGGCAAAGAACUGAGCACCUCUUCUCUUUCAACAAAAUAUAAAGGCAUUCAGUACUUACCUAAAGGCAUUCAGCAUCUUGCAAAGUUGGACAAAUAGUAGCAUAAAGUAGGCAUAUAUAACAAGAAUAUGGGUCGUCAGUUCCCUGCCUUCCUACCCACUCAGAAUUUGGAGUGUAAAACAUAAAUGGAAAAUAAAAGAAGUAGCAAGAGAAAAGAAAGAGAUGCAUGACCAUAGUGAAGAGGAAUUAAGAUAAACAAAUAAAAAUGCAUAUUAGAGUACAGAGUACUCUACAUGUAUAUAGAGUACAGAGUUUGGCAUUCAUAAGUGCCUCAUCAACAAGUAUACUUUGGCGGGACAUAGAUAUUUAUAAAACUACCUAGGCAGGAAGGUCUAAUCCUGUACAGAUAAAUUAAGAAUCAGAUUAUGGAAUAGGUCAGAUGUUUUGCUAAUUUUUCAAAUCACAAUGUAAUGUUCAUAAUUAUGAGAAACCACAGAUUAUUGAAAUUCUUAAUUAAUGAAUUUAUUAAGAAGUAAUGUUUGUUCAGUAAAGCUAAGCUAUAUUUCCUGUAUACAUUCUUAGACUGCCAGAGACUGAGCCUGGGCAUCUUCCAGAAGUGUUAAAAAAUUAAUCAGACCAGUGAAGCACACGUGAAGACAAUGGUGAAUCCUGACAAACUUUUAGAUGAUUUCUCACAGAUAGAAAAGAAAAUGUCAGAAAUUAAUGAGAAGAAUAACCUUCUGGUUCUUGAACUAGAAAAAUCUAACAGGCUAUUAAUAUUAAGUCAAUCAAAGGAAGAUUCAAUAAAAGAAGAAUGUGCCUCUCUCCAAAAUGUAAUUAAGGGUUUCAGACAAACUGUUGAAAACCAGUGCAACUUGAGAGAUGAAAAUGAAAGGCUGAAGAACAACAUCCAUAUCUUGGAAGAGAAAUUAAAGGCUCAUGAACAGGAGUAUGAGAGUCAAAUCAACAAACUGAUGACAGAAAUUAGAAACAGAGAGGAAGUCCACAAGAUGGAAUUAACAAAGGUUCAUUGUGACAUGAACAGAAAAUUUGAACUAAAAGAAGAAGAACAUAAAGAACAGAUAGGGAAAAAAGAGCUGGAGGUUUUAGAGUUAACCAGGCAGCUGAGAACUCAAGAUAAGGAGAAACAGAAUGAGAUAAUCAAACUACAGAUAGAGGUAUGUACUAGCAAGUCAAAUCAAAGAUGCAUCUCGUGUAUAUGUAUAUUUAUAUAAAAGAUUCUAGAUUUUUAAAAAUGUUGAGAUUACCAUUAGUAGGUUUGGAGUGAUAUAUAGUCCUUAUGGUCCAGCAAAUAUGUGAGAGCAAGGAUUUUUGUAGGUGACAUCUUAUGUUGGAUCAACUGCAUAGUUAGGAGAGAUUUCAUCCACAGAAAUUCUUGCCAGUUAGUAAUGUGGUUUGGCUGUUCUGUUCUCUAUUAUCACAAAGGGCAGAUCCUGCAGUGUACAUUGUUUGAGAUGUAUGGGUUUUAACUGAACUGAGGAAAAAGUCCACGACCCCUUGAAGAUGGCCUGCACGAAAGAAAUUGGGGUUUGUUCCCCUUCGUGUGUGUGUGUGUGUGAUAUAAGUUACUGCCAUUAAUAAAUGGUGGCAUAACUAAAAUUUAAGGAGAAUAAAAAGUAUUACAAUAUAACCUGUUCUUAUUUUUGUGAUAGAAUUGGUUUAAAUACAGCUGUUAUCCUUGUGAAAACACAGCCACAUGUAACUGGAAGGAUGGAUAAAUGAUUUGAUUUUGUUCUUUUUACUUUUUGGGUUUUACACAGUGCUCAGAAGAGAUCUUCAUGUAAACCUUGAGAGCCUGAUGCUCUUAUGCUGUAAUUUACAAUGUGCUACCAAACGCUUCAGUGGAGGUCUGCACAUAUAUUGUAAGCCUCAGGGCCAGAGAUGUAUUUCACAGUUGAGGUUGCAAAGCCACUCCAUUGCUGCCAAAUAAACAACUCAGAGUUCAAAUCCUCAACGUGUUAAAAAAAAGAAAAAGCACAUCUCUCAGGACUCUCCUCAGCACUAGUGCACGUGGAAAAUGUGGUUCAUGUAGCUCUCAAGUCCUAAGCUAGCUAACAGCACCCAA